AUGAAAAAAAUUAUCAUAAUAGGAAAAAAAGGAGUAGGAAAAACUGCCCUUUUUCAGCAAUUAAUUAAACAUUAUUCCUCUCCCGAAAUUGAAAAAAAAAGUAUUAAACUAAAUCCCCUAAUUAACCAUGCUGAAAGUCUAAUCAAAAUCAAAGAUAAUUUUUAUAAAUUAAUUGAUACCCCUGCUUUUGCCUUUGCUCCCCAAACUGAAAUAGAGAAAGGAAUUAAAUUCCAAACCGAAAACUUAUUAAAAACCGGCGAUUUGAUUUUAUUUAACAAACUAGAUUUGGCAAGCGAAAAUGAUUUUCACUCCUGCCGAGUUCUCCAACCGCAAUAUUUUUUAACUAUCUCGGCUGAAAAAGGAAUUAACCUUACUAAAUUAAUGACCCAAAUAACCACUCUUUUGCCCUCUUCGGCUGGUAAAAAUCCUAACCAAAAAGAAAAAGAAUUAAAAUUACUUAUUUUUGGACCACCUAAUUCAGGAAAAUCAACCUUAAUGAAUUAUUUGUUAAAAGAAAACCGCUCCCUGGCUACCUCGGUUGCCGGAACCACCCAAGAACCAGUAAUUACCUGGGCGGUAAUUGAUGCUACUUUGCCUCUCACCAAACAAAUACUACAAAUAAUAAAUUUAGGUGAAAGGCACAAUAAACCGCUCAUUAUAAUUAUUAAUAAGUGCGAUUUGAUAGCAGACCAAAAAUUACUAAUGGAAGAGAUAAAAAAUCGCUUAAAAUCGCUUGGUUAUGUGCCGAUAAUUUACCUUUCGGCUCUCCAUGGAGAAAAAAUUAAAUCACUCCUCAAAGUUUUAGCAAAAAUAUUGGAACAGUCCCAAAAAAAACUUUCCAAAAAAGGAUUAGCGGAAGUAGUAGAAAAAAUGCUGCUUUACCAUCCCCCUAAAUAUUUUAAGGGUAACAAAUUAAAAGUCUAUUUUGCCAAGCAAGAACCAGGAUUAGUUCAGGCUUUUAUUUUUUUUGUUAAUAACCCUCGUUGGGCUCAUUUUUCUUAUCAGCGUUAUAUAGUUAACUGUUUACGGAAAAAUCUUGGUUUAGAAUACUUACCUAUAAAAGUAAUUUUCAAAAAAAGCAGUUAG